GCGCAGCUCACAGGGAUCGAGAGAGUUGUGUUGGUGCUGGGGGUGAAUCCGGGUCCAGAUCUCACGCGUUGGGGGGCCAGGUCGUGGGAAGACUCCGGGUGUGACUCCGCCUAUAAACCGAAGACCAUCCUCCUCCUCCGCUUUUGUCUUUUCAUGUUUGCUGCGAGCAAAAGCCGCGAUGAUUUGCGAGCGACCGCACUCAUGUGACGGCGGUGGUCGACACAUCCGGCGCAGCAGAGGCGAGCCGCUGCACGGCGAACUUUGACUGCGAGUGGAGGCGACGGCUGCGAGCUUCAUGAAAAAAAGCUUCCUGUGAGACGGUCCAACCGGGAACACCUUCGUCUGCCGGGUGAUUUGGAGAGGAACAUGCCUUUACUGGAGGGGAACGUCGUCCCGCCGGGACUGAAGAAGCCAGAAAAUAUGUCUGGUAUCGAUGGGAAGCAGAAACUGCUGUAUGGUGGAAAUUACCUCGCGUUCGACUCCAAAGGAACAGAUGUGGGAGAGUUCACUCCUCCGUGGAGCAGCUUGAAGGCCUCCCUGCUCGAAGGCAGAAGUCCCGUGUGUCACUUCUCUGGCAUGGACAGACAAAACGCUUUAGUUUACAGGCAAGACGACCAUUCUUCAAAUGAAGGCCAUUCAAAUUCCUCCCGAAUGUGUCACACACCAGUCAAGCAAGGCUUUUCAGUGUAUACCAAAAGCCCCCGGCUGAGCAGCCCCAGACCCUCCACGACACUGACUGUAAAAAAACACAAAAAUGGAGGUGAGAAUUCAACUCCUGGAUUUGAAAACUCUGUUUACUUAAACAUUCCGAAGCCUGUGUACGGCCAAAACCCCUGCUGUCACGAGCUGGGCUGCGGGCUGGGACCUCGAUACGCAGUGGAACACGGACUGCAGAGAAUACCCAGCUCCUUAUAUGAGCAUGAGUGGAUGCAAAACGAGUCGCGGUACUCGGAAAGGGCCUACAUUCAGAGGAAGGACGCCGUGCUGCAGUUCGAGCCAAGUGCUGAGCAAAUCAAGAAAAUCAACACGGACACUUGCAGCCCGAGCAAAGUAAGGAAGUUGCCCGCUGUUGAUCCGAGCUACAACAGCUACCCCUACAUUCCACCGUUCUUAGGUCCCUUAAGUGAAUCGAGCCAGCCGUUACACAUGUCUCUCCGAGGCUGCCAGAGCCACUUCCCUGCCCACGCAGCGUACGAGGGUAUGACCUCAGAAAUGUAUCAGGAUUCCUCUCCCUUGCCCAAAUAUGGCCAGCUAGCUCACCACCCAUUAGUUUACUACCCGCCAGCGCAUGUGGAGCUUGAAAACAGGCAUCUGUAUAAAGACAUGGAUGCCAGACGGCGGGAGGAGGUGCCCAUCCUGAUUAAGAAUACACUCCUGAACUCCGGGGACCAAAGCAGAGCUCCUCACUCUCUUCAUGGUGAGAUUCCUGUGCAUCGGCCCGGCUCAGAAGCGCUGCCACGUCAUCCGUUCAAUCAGAGAAUCAAUUACCCGUACCCCUACUACGCAGUGCCCAGAUACCAUUUACCUCCGAGCCAGGUGAGAUCCGCUUUGACUCGCCAGCAUUUGUCCCCGCCGUCUUACUCCAACUUUCUGAAUGUUUCCCAGACUGGCUCGCAAGCUACCGUGACCCUCAGCUCCACUGCAAACAAGCCCAGUCCUGCUCAAUAUGUCAGUCAGUCUCAGGCUUUCCCUCAUGUAGACCAGACUACCGCACCCCACUAUCCAUCUGCUGUUUCCCCACCAAAAAUCGUACUUCAAAGAUUUGUUCCCCCGUUCACCAGCUUACGUCUAGACAAACCAGGUUUCCCCGCCGCCAGUCUGAGCAGUGACUAUUCCUCUGGUGAGUCCCGUAUUCCUAGUCCCAAAACGCCUCAAGGCUUGCCAAGUUCGUCGCCAUCGUGGUUGUUGCCGUCGCCCACUCCCAGCUCUGAACACAGCGGCGGCGAUACACCGAGCUCCAAUACUACUCUGUUGAAACGGCUGCUGAAGAGAAGUGUCUCCACAGUCAGUGAUAAAGAUGCGGACCAGAACGAAGGAAUCGACUUGAGUAAGAAGCGGAUAAAGGUUGAAAUCGAGGAAGAUCCGAAGAGAAGUGGAGUGGAAUCCCCCCCAAUGCCGGUUAUAGAUAGCGUCUUUAGUCUGGCACCGUACAGGUCCCUGAUGGGCCUUCCCUCAGAUCAGUCCCCUCAGCGCGAGGAGCCCAAACCCAAGCUCUGCAUCAAAAAAGAGAGGGCAGAUUCACCGGUGCAAAAUCAAGACGCCCCGUCACAGAAGCCGGUCAAAGAGGUACCUGAACCGGUGGCGAUUCAGGUGAAGAAAGAGCCCCCAGACUCAGAGUCAAAAGAAGAGUCAGUUGAGGGUAACUUGACCAUCAAAAACGAGAUGAAAGAGUCUGAAAUGCUGCGAGUGGAGGUUGUUGAGAAACGUGAGCCAGAGUGGAAAUCGCAUUUAUUGGAUGAGGAUAAGAGACCAAGCGAGUCCAAGCCUGCGGUGCCAGAUGGGAACCCACCACCUCAAAGUGAUAAGAGGUUGCAGCAGGAGGUGGUGGUCAGCCCUGUGACAAUAACAACUCCAAAACUCCCAGAGUCUAAACCAAACAUUGGAGACGUCCCUCCGAAACCCCCUUGUUUCCAGCCUUAUUUGGAACCGUCCACUUUCGUCGGCUACCCAGAGACGACGCUGCAGCGAAUAGUUGAAUCGCCUGGAAUCCCAAAACCGGUUCGGAAGAACUUUUUAGAACUCCACCGUUCCGUCUGCAAACUAGUGUCGACGUUUGUGUCGACCUGUUCGGCGAGAAAGCUGAGAGACUGGCUGUCUCACAUGCAAAUCACUGAGUCUCCGUCCUCCCUGACAAAAAUCAAGAUCUCACAGUUGUCGGGCUUCAGGGCCAGGAAAGAGUGGCUGGACCCGGCCAUCGAUGCAGCGCUCGACAAGGUCCUGGAGAGACUACGGGAGUACUCUUCACAAGACCGCUUCCCUUUCCCCCAUGUGAUGCGAGCAGGGUCUGUGUUUCUCCCCAUGCUGGUGGUCAAAGAAAUCUUUUUCCCGAUGGUUCAGGGCAACUUCAUCGACCAAGUCCUGCAGGAGCACAAGGUCGAACUACGGCCAUCAACUCUCUCGGAGGAGAAGUUCCUUAUUCAGUGUGACAAAAGAGCUUCUUCCUCAAAACUGAGGAGAUUGAUGUCCCUCAAGCAUCUGCCUGAAGUCUACACUGACAUCUUCAACCUGGUGUACUACACACAAGUCUGCAAACAUAUCGAGUCAACAUCACCUGAUGUCGAACAGAGAGUCCAGGACUAGCCGCCGACACUGAAGAAGUCUCUGCUUCUCCAGUCACGCUGACCAAAGACACACCAGCGAGCCAUCGCCGAACCAAAAGCAGGAUAAAGAGAAGUUCGCGACUUCUGUUUUUAGACGACAGCUGGUCAGACGGAGACG